AUGCUGACGCCUAUCAUCACGAAGGAUAUGAAUCCAUUUACAUCCCAGCCUCGAAAAGCUUGCGAUGUCCGGACACACUCUCAGAAUCCGGGUAUUUCGAAGAUAAUCACAUCUACAAAUCGGAAUCAGGAUACCAUUAUAGAGAAGUCAUCCCAGCCACUAGUUAAGCUUAGAUCUACUUCUGUUCACGGUGGUUCUCUGAGUAAGACUCGUGUUUUGCCUUCUAUUGUGGAAGAUGUUGAGAUGUGGCUGAAUUUAGAUAUAUCUCAUAAACAUGAGGGAAGUGACAAUGCUCGUUUUAAAUUCGUUGGCUAA